GUCCUAGUGUAGCUCACAACGCUAUUGAAGGCAAAGUUCAACUGUUAAUGGUCUCUGAAAAUAAGAAGUUGCAAGAAGGGGGACACUUCAAGACAUUUUCCUUUGUCCAUUUGGGGCAUUCUACAAAUGUGCUCAUUUAUUUUAUUUUUGUGGGAGGUUUAAUUUGGCAAUGCUGUUUCUAAAUUGUGCUUGGCUGCUAGUUAUAGCGGUCGUCGCAAGUGGCAUACAUAAAACAGAAGCUGCGGGGUGCAGUGACUGUGGAAAAUGUGACUGCAGUGGAGUGAAAGGACAAAAGGGUGAGACUGGCUUUCCAGGGUUACAAGGUCCAAUGGGAUUCCCUGGAAUGCAAGGCCCUGAGGGGCCACAUGGACCAAUGGGCCCCAGCGGUGAUGUUGGAGUCCCGGGACUCUCUGGGCUGAAAGGAAUCAGAGGCCCUGCAGGAAUACCUGGAUUUCCUGGAACCCCAGGCCUACCAGGUAUCCCUGGUCAAGAUGGUCCUCCGGGUUCACCGGGAAUCCCAGGAUGCAACGGUACAAAGGGUGACAGGGGCUUCGAUGGCAAACCUGGAAUGCCAGGAUUCUCAGGCAGUCCAGGUACUCCUGGGCUAGAAGGACAGAAGGGGGAGCCCGGUGAAAUAAAUGGGAUUUUUCAACUCAAAGGUGAAAAAGGAAAUCCAGGAUACCCUGGUAAUCAGGGUGCAUUUGGAGCACCAGGACUUGUGGGUCCAAUUGGCCCACCUGGACUGCAAGGACCUGUGGGCAAUCCAGGUCCUCCUGGCCCCAAAGGUGAGAAGGGUGACAGAUUGACCUUCCAAGGUCAAAAGGGAGACAAAGGCGAACCAGGCCCAAGAGGCUCUCCUGGCAUACCCCCAGAGGUUUCCGGGCCUACACAAGUAACAGUUAUACCAGGGAAUAAGGGUGACCGGGGUGGGGUCGGUCCCAAAGGUGAACCAGGUAUUUGCCUUGGAGGCGUGAAAGGUGAACCUGGAAAACCUGGCCCUAGAGGUAAACCAGGGAAAGAUGGAGAACAUGGAGUACCAGGAAGCGCGGGUACCCCAGGUACUCCAGGUAUCCCAGGCUUAAGAGGACAGGACGGUGAAAAGGGGGAGAAAGGUGAAACUGGGCUUCAAGGUCCUCCGGGAACUGUGGUUACAAACACUGGUGAAGUUGUUGUUUAUGGAAAAAAGGGUGAAUCUGGACCACGGGGCUUCCCAGGGCUAGAGGGGGGAAAAGGGAAGCAAGGUUUUCCCGGUGUACAAGGACCCCCUGGCCCCCCAGGUCUAAGUCUCCCGGGACCCCCUGGUCCAGCUGGGUUCCCAGGGGAGUCUGGUCAGAAGGGAGACCAAGGAAAUCCUGGGUUGUCUUGGUCUGGAGAAAAGGGGCAAGAUGGAGCACAAGGACCACCUGGACCACCAGGCCCACCUGGAUCCUUCGGAUGUAAGGAUCCAGAAUGCCUCCCUGGUCCACCUGGAUUUCCAGGAGAAAUGGGUCAAAAAGGUGACAGAGGAGAUACAUGUUUCCACUGCGAGUCGUUUGGUCCUCCUGGACUUCCUGGCCCACAAGGACCAGCAGGGCAGCAAGGUUAUCCAGGGGUAACUGGUACUAAGGGUGAAAAGGGUUAUCAAGGAAGUCCUGGUCUUGAAGGUGCACCUGGUGUUCCUGGUACUCCUGGCUUAUAUGGCUCCCCUGGUGCAAAAGGGGAGCCAGGAGAUGUUAUCUUUGGACCAAAUCUAAAAGGAGACAAGGGUCAGGCGGGGAUCCCUGGUCCUACUGGGACUCCAGGUUUUGAUGGGGCACCAGGAAGGGAUGGUCUUCCCGGGGUCCCAGGCCCAAAAGGCGAGCCAGCCACCAUUGGUUUCAAAGGGGAUCGUGGUCCAGCUGGAGACCCUGGUUUCCCUGGAACUCAAGGAGAAAGGGGUCCCCCAGGUCCCCCAGGGUUUGGUGCUCCUGGUUUACCUGGAGAGAAAGGAAACCAGGGAGUCCCGGGGCAUUCGGGGUUGCCUGGCUCUCCCGGAAUUAAGGGUGAACCUGGCAAAAGCAUGAUUGAAAUUGGACCACAAGGCCCACCUGGAAUCCCUGGAAUACCAGGGCAGCCAGGCUCCCAGGGUGAUAUGGGCCCUCAGGGAAUCCCUGGCGUCCCUGGUUUUCAAGGAGCAAAAGGUGACCAGGGUCAGCCAGGAGUGGGCUUUCCAGGGCCACCUGGAACCAAAGGACACCCGGGGUUGCCAGGGCCAGUGGGGCAGCCUGGCUCCCCCGGCCUCGACGGGAAAGAAGGUGAAUCAGGACGCCCUGGCCCACCUGGGCAGAAGGGUGACCCUGGGAUUGGUCUUCCCGGGCCCAAAGGAUAUCCAGGCCCUCAAGGUGUUGACGGAUUCCCAGGAGGGAAAGGAAACCCAGGGCUUCCUGGCAUUCCUGGAGCUGAAGGUCACACUGGCCCGCCUGGGCCUCCAGGGUUAAAAGGUAACCAGGGGCCUCCAGGUUUACAAGGUGUCAGAGGCCCCCCUGGUGAACCAGGUGCUGGUGAUCCUGGCCCACCUGGGCCCCAGGGUCCACCAGGUCCACUCGGCCCUCUAGGAUCACAGGGGUUAAAGGGUGAAAAAGGCUACCCAGGCAUCCCUGGACUGGACAUGCCAGGGCCCCAAGGAGAAAAAGGCAUUCAGGGUUCCACUGGCAUUCCAGGAAUAGUUGGGUCUCCAGGACAACCUGGCCCAGCAGGGAGAGAAGGACUUUCAGGGCCUCCAGGUCCUAAAGGAGAGAUGGGAGUGAUGGGCACACCUGGUAUAUCUGGGAGCCCUGGUUUCCAAGGUGACCCAGGUUUGCCUGGCUCAAGAGGUGAUCCAGGUCACAUUGGCCUGACUGGAUAUCAGGGUGAAACAGGAGCUAAAGGAGAAGCAGGGGACCAAGGGAUACGGGGCCCUCCAGGGACCAUGAGCAAGGAAGAAUUAAUGCACAUGAUAGGACCGAAGGGAGAUAAAGGAUUCACAGGUGUUCCAGGAGAAGCCGGAGUGAAAGGGUAUCGAGGAAUCCCAGGUAGUCCAGGAAUGCCAGGAAAGGAUGGAGAGCCAGGAUUGCCUGGGCAACCAGGACUUAAAGGUGACCCAGGUUCUACUGGACUCCCUGGUCAUGAUGGUUUACCGGGACAGAAAGGAUCCACUGGUCAAAUGGGCUUACCUGGUUCACAAGGAGCAAAAGGUACUAAAGGUCUGAUGGGUUCACCUGGCUUGAAGGGGUACCCUGGAACGCCUGGUGAAAAGGGUCUAAGGGGCGAUCCUGGAGAACCAGGUAUCGGAAAGCCAGGAGCUGAAGGUGAAAAGGGUCAGCCAGGCCCACCAGGUUUCCCUGGUAUCCCAGGUGAUAAAGGUGUGAAGGGAGUAGAAGGUAUGCCGGGAAUGCCUGGUGUACCAGGUCCUAAAGGAGACGUUGGAUCACCAGGGUAUCCAGGUAGUCCAGGAUUUCCUGGACAGAAAGGAAUUGAUGGAUUACCUGGCACUCCAGGGCAACCAGGAUUUCAAGGAAGGCCAGGCGAGCCAGGCCUUCAAGGGGCUCCCGGCCCUGCAGGAACUAAAGGUGAACCUGGACUGGAUGGAAUUCCUGGCCUGCCUGGAGAGAAGGGUGACCAAGGUUCACCAGGUAGAGGUUUUCCAGGACUUCCCGGUGUUCUUGGAGAGAAAGGUAACAAAGGAGAUGCAGGCUUACCUGGUCUCCCAGGUAGUCCUGGAAUCCCAGGUGUUAAAGGAGAUCAAGGGCAGCCAGGUUAUCCAGGGCAGCAAGGCCCGUCUGGUUUCCAGGGUCCACCUGGGGAAGCGAUGGAAGGUCCAAAAGGUGAAAGCGGACCGCCAGGAUUGCCUGGGCCUUUAGGUUCACCUGGACCCCAAGGGCCACCUGGAAUUCCAGGAAAUAUUGGAGGCAAAGGGGAAAAAGGAACCCAUGGCCUACCCGGGCUGCCUGGACUUCAGGGACUCAAGGGAGAGCGAGGCGUGCCUGGAAUUCCUGGAAAUGCUGGACUUCCUGGUCUCAAUGGACAAAAGGGUGAAAUGGGGGCUCAAGGAGUGCCAGGGUUUCCAGGAAUGAAAGGUGCUACAGGACAUUUAGGAUACAAAGGAGAAACUGGUGAACGAGGUUUUUCGGGUUCUAAGGGUAUUGAUGGCCCUCCUGGUCCACCGGGACCUACAAUUUCAGUUAAAGGAGAACGUGGCCUGCCUGGUCCUCAAGGUCCACAAGGACCCCCUGGUCUAUUAGGAUAUCCAGGACCCAAGGGACAACAAGGUGUGAGUGGAAUUAUUGGUUUGCCAGGGCAGGAUGGAAUUCCUGGGUUUGAUGGUAGGCCCGGACAGAAAGGAGAACAUGGACCAGUUGGCCCACCAGGCCCAAGAGGAUAUCCAGGCUCACCGGGCCCUGAUGGCUUGCCAGGACCAGCAGGGAUACCAGGACCAUCGUCCAUAGCUCAUGGCUUCCUUGUUACAAGACACAGCCAGAUGGUAGUGGUGCCUUCAUGUCCAGUAGGAACAACGAAAAUCUACGAUGGCUAUUCUCUCUUAUAUGUGCAAGGCAAUGAAAGGGCACAUGGCCAAGACUUAGGUACUGCUGGAAGCUGCCUUCGCAAGUUUAGUCCCAUGCCAUUUUUGUUCUGUAACAUUAACAAUGUUUGCAACUUUGCAUCAAGAAAUGACUAUUCCUAUUGGCUGUCUUCCCCUGAACCAAUGCCAAUGAAUAUGGCUCCCAUUACUGGUGAAAGUAUCAGGCCUUUCAUUAGCAGAUGCUCAGUUUGUGAAGCACCAGGCAUGGUAAUUGCAGUCCACAGCCAGACAAUCCAGAUCCCACAUUGUCCCAGUGGAUGGGAAUCCCUGUGGAUUGGCUAUUCUUUCGUCAUGCACACUAGUGCAGGCGCAGAGGGCUCUGGCCAGGCCCUGGCCUCUCCUGGCUCUUGUCUGGAAGAGUUCCGCAGCACUCCCUUCAUUGAGUGCCACGGUCGUGGAACCUGCAACUACUAUGCCAAUGCCUACAGUUUUUGGCUAGCUACUAUUGAGAAUGGUGAACUGUUCAACAAACCUGUCUCUGCUACACUUAAGGCAGGAGAUCUACGGACCCACAUCAGCCGUUGUCAUGUCUGUAUGAAGAAGACAUAAUUCCCUCAAUUUUCUUUUCUACCAAGUCUUCUGUGGGACUUUUUAUAAACUAUGGUGCUAUUGCGUUUAGAAAAGUGAGGCAUAAACCAAAAAACAUUAUCCUGUGUACCUCACAAGAUCAGAUUUUAUACAAGAAGCAGUACCAGAGUGCAUUAUAAGCGGAGAACAAGCCAUGAGCGUGCCUUCUGCCUCACUGGUACUUAGCUAGCUGAGAAAGUACAUUCAGUAUCUUAGAUUUCCCAUAUGGUUAAAAAAGUGUUAAUCAAAGCCUUGAGUAAAUGCUUUGCAAUCUGAUCAUCUGUAUAAUAAAAAUAGGUAUGAUAGCUAAAUUAUUUUAUUUACACAAUCAUUAACUUUUUCUUUACUAAAUGUUUUUCAAAUACAAUACAGUACUAAUAGAGUAAAAUGUUAUAUAAUUCAACUAUAGAAUACUGUAUAUGCUGAUGGUUUCCAAGGUUACGUUGUUUAGAAUACAUGUUAUUCACCUAAUGGUGCAGAAGAUAUAUAUUAUUUUUCUCACAAUAGUUCCUGCUACUUUUAAAAAGUACUCCUUGAGGUUUUAUCCAUUUUAAGUAGCUUUUCGUGAGACACAAUUUGGACAUUUUGUAUCUUCUCAUGAUUACUCAGUUACAGAAGAGCAUAUACUUUUUGCACCCCAAUUCUUGAAUUUGAUGUUUCUGUAUUUAAUAUUGUUUAGGGUUUUUAUAUAUGCUAUAUCCCAUAUGCCACACACUCGCACACAACAUGAAUUACUUUAUUAAUUACUAAUUAUUAUCUAGUGUUUUGUUUUUUUCUUUUAGUAUGUAAAAUGGUACAGUUAGAUUAUUAUCAUUUAACCCUUUAUAUCCUGGGGUGUCCAGGGACACGUGUGUUUUUGUUCUAUAAUGGCAACUGGUGGCUGUGUCAUUUUCUACAGUAGCAAAGAUGGGAUUCCUUAAUAAGCGAAAACAAAGUAAAGAAAGACUCUAAGAAGGUUGCUUAAUGAUCCUCCAGGAAAUAAAGGGUUUCUGAAGUGAUUGACUUGGAAGAGGUACUGUAACCACAAUGCCUUUGCAUUAUACUUCCAACACACACACAAAGUACAUUUAGAAUACUGAACUACAAUUAGUUUUAAAUGUGUGUAUAUUUACUAUCAGUCAAAAAUGGGCUUUAAGAAAAAAUAAAAAUAAAAAAAAAUAAGAAGAAGGAUUGACUUCCGAGUGAAUCCAGCAUGGGCUGUCAUAAGAAACUUUGAAGUACAGUUUUUAAUGAUUUCAUAUACUGUAUUGAAAAUGUUAUGAAAUGUUAAAUACCGGAACUGAAAAAUCCUCCCACAGCAAUUGUAUACAGUAUAGGCUAGCACAACAGUAAUCUAUUACAUGAGUUUCCCAGUAUCUAUUAUAAAAUUAGGAUUAUGAAAGAAAUCUGAUAUUUUCAAUGGGAUCCAA